AUGUCCCUUCCUCCGAGCUCUCCACGGCUCCCAAGCCCGCCACCUCCCGCUGAGGAUCAGAUCGGUCCCAACUCCCCUGGUCUCGACACGCAAGCCGGCCAGAUGGACCAAAGCAUUGUCGACACAAACUCCAAGAGGCGCAUACAUCCAGGCACCAGAGCCGAGGACAUGGCAGCUGGUCCGCCCCUCGUCCCUCUCAACGAGCUCGACUCGGCUUUCCAGCUUCAGGAGCACCUUGCUGCUCUCCACCACCACUACACAAACUCGAAUACAACACCGAUCACCCGCCAAACUGCCUCGCAGCUGGCUACACCUCCCCAGAGCAUCGACGACACCUUAUGGCUCUAUGAGCUCUGUCGCUUUCUUAUCGAGCAGUGUAACAAGCUGAUAGUGGGCUUCUUCAACGACACCCCGCCGUGUUCUCAGGUUACAUGUCCUGAAAUGCGUGCUUCCGAAUGGCAGUUUCUCUGCGCUGUGCACGACCAACCAAAGAGCUGCUGUGCCAUCGACUACUGCUGCCAUACUUUGGACUGGGCCGCCAACGUCGUCACCAAUCCCAAGAUCUUCCCGAGUCGUUUCACCGUCCUGAACGAGGGGCACGAUAGUAACGCUGUCAAGAAGAACCUCGUUAAUAUCUUUCGGAGACUACAUCGCAUUUUCGCACAUGCCUGGUUCCAACACAGGGGCGUCUUCUGGAACAUUGAAUCCCAGUCAGGGCUCUACGUUUUCUUCAAACGCGUAUGCGACUUGAACAACCUUUUGCCCGCCGAGAACUACAAGCUUCCACCCGAGGCCGAGGGGUUGGACCCUGCCGACAAGGAGGAUAGUCAGCCAAAGGUCACUGCUAUCGCCAGGCCGCCUUCGCGUGAGAAUGCCCACGAAGAUGAUGAUCGUAAUGGUAGUCUCCACGCAAGACGCAGCAAUACGACGAGACAUGCCAGCAGACCCUCUAUCAACAGCUCAAUCACCACCGUCACCGAAGAACAAGAAGACGAGCAUUCUGAAAUCAACAACAGACUAAGGGGCAUCCACAUAUCGGCCCCCGAGACGGUAGAAGAAGAGGCAGGAGUAGAAGUGCCCGUCAUCGUGGAAGGACAGGUGCUGCAUGAGAAUGCGCCGGCGUCUCCUCAACGCCAACAUGAGCCUCGGGUUGAUGUCCAGGAACUAACCCCAGAGGAGCCGGACACGCCAGAGAUCGGGCAGCAGUCCGAGGACACUUUGGAAAGCAAUGAUGUACCUGCUUUCGAGCACGAGAAAGCCUUAGGGCCAAACGGUAAAGCAGAAGGUGAAACUACAGCGCCUGCUGAUGACUCUAGCGUGACGUCUUCCUCGCAGUCUAAGAAUCUUGCAGUAGACGGCGCAGUAGAUACGUCUGAAACUGCUUCGGACCCAGAUUCUCAUGAGACUGUGGAAAAGCCCAUGGAUUCAGACGCUACGCUAGCAGACGAGGAAUCUUAG